CCCCGUAAAAAGCCGCUGAACAAGAAUAAGUUCCGUCAUGUCUUUCAAAUUCAACGAGGCCAUUUCAAUUGUGGCAGAAAAACUAUUAGAAACCCCAAAACUCAAAUACGAGACUUAUUCCCAGGAUGCAGCCGAAAUAUCCGCUAAAAUGGAUCAAGAACUAAUCAAGAUUAAUUCUAUUUACAAGGGGACAGUGAGCAACUGGGAUGAGACAGUUCAGUUCUACAAAACCGAAGUGCCAAAAUUGAAUCUUCCCUUCCUUCGGCUUAAGAUGCCACUUAGAGUAGAGCCCGAACGUAUACUUAUAUUCAGUAGUGACGAGUUGCAGCGGUUUAAGCUCAAGCUCAAGACAUCUGUAAACUAUCCAAUAGUUGACAACGGAUAUCUAGACGGAGAAAAGCUGACCCAGAUUUUUAUCAGGGAUUUAAAUAGAGUGAUCGACGGAAUUUCAAAAAUCACUUGCAGCAGUGGAAAAAUGUACAAGCUCUGCGUCAUCAAUGAGAUUUGGCAUAGGGUAACGUUUAUAACUAUAGCAGCAAAGGAAAAAGACUCGGAGGUCGAUCCUUCGUUUUCUUAUGAAUUUAGACUUUUAUUUAAUUUUACAAACUCAGGAUGGAUACCAAUGGCUUAAGGCUAUACCACUUUGCAUUCCACAUCUACAAAACUCCGGACUCAAGGAAGUUUUUGGGUUAAAAUAAUGGCCCGAUUGGUAUUUGAUAAGGAUUUUUGUAUAACAUAAGUCGCUACAUAUCCACAUCGAAACAUUCUUUCUUCAUUCUUGUAUUACCGAAACAAAUAAC